GAGAGGGAGGUACUCUCACAUUGCUCUCUCGGUCUUGCUUUUCUACAGAGAAAGAGUUAACUCGGCUGAAACUGAAACAGGACAAGACUUGUUAAAGAAAAGCCCCACCAGGCUGUGUCUCUCCUUCAUUCUCUCAGUUUCCUGCUCAAGGAAGCCAUUUUGUACAGGCUGGAGUCUAGGACAACAAACUUUUUUUUCUUCUUCUUUCUCCUUCCUCAGUGUUUCCUGUGAAAAUUUAGACUUUCUCAUCAGCAGAACAACUUCUUCACCAGAGAAGGAGGAGCGGUGGAAGAGGAAGGGUAGGAGGGGAGAAGUUUUUCUCAGUCUAUCUCUCACGCUUGCCUUGCCGGGAUAAUGAAAGAAGAAGUGUGAGUGCAGAUUACAAAAAUCAAGAGGGAGAUAUAGAAAGAAAGAAGCAGUGCUUGCUGGAUAGGGAUCUCCCCUCGACUCCUCUGGGAGAAGGGGUGGUCACAGGACAGAGACUCCCUGUAGCAGUGUUUAUUUGUUUGUGGAUCACCGUGUCUACACCCUCACGCUCCUGCUCUUUGAGGGAGGUAGAGCGUGCAUGUAGCGAGGGAUGGCCAACGCCAGCCCCUGUAUGUCGUCGGGACCCCUGUCCCAGGUCUUCUUCCACACAGGGGGCCCCUCUCCCCCAGGCUCUGUGGUGAUGCAGCAGGGGACCCCCAUGGCCGUGCCUCCCACCCCUACUCACGGUGGCCUCCCCACUGUGGACCUGGGGACUGGGCCGGGCCCUGGGGGGGUUGCCAAUUCCUACGUGCCCCCCACCCCAGCUGGGGUCUCCUUCAUCAUCCAGAUUGGGCUGACCAGAGAGUCAGUUCUGCUGCCCCAGACCGCUGACCUUGCCUACGUCAAACAAAUCGCCUGCUCCAUCGUCGACAUCAAGUUCCCAGAGUGUGGCUUCUAUGGCAUCUAUGACAAGAUCCUGCUAUUUAAACAUGACACAGGCACCAACAACAUCCUGCAGCUGGUCAAGGCUACCCAGGACAUCCAGGAGGGAGACCUGGUGGAGGUGGUUCUCUCUGCUGCAGCCACCUUUGAGGAUUUCCAGAUCCGGCCUCAUGCCCUGAACGUCCACUCGUACCGAUCCCCGGCCUUCUGUGACCACUGCGGAGAGAUGCUGUUUGGAUUGGUCAGACAGGGCCUCAAAUGUGAUGGCUGUGGACUGAACUACCACAAGCGAUGUGCCUUCAGCAUCCCCAACAACUGCAGCGGCGCUCGCAAGCGGCGCCUGUCCACCACGUCUCUGACCAGUAGCCAGUCGCUGCGUCUGUCCACCAGCGAGUCCCUGAGCAGCGUGGGGACCAGCUCAGUCAGCACCUGCAUGGAAGAUGCCAGCCUGAUCCGCUCUCACACCACCCAGACGCUCCCGAACUCUACCUGUACCGCGUCAGCAUCCCUGGGCCUGUCCACCAGCACCUCCAUCACUAGACCCAUGGUCCGCGCUAACACUUACAUGCCGCGGACCCCCAGCGAGGCGCGGCGGUUCUACACGGGCCGGCCGGUGCACCUGGACAAGAUCCUGAUGAGCAAAGUGAAGGUGCCACACACGUUUGCCGUGCACUCCUACACGCGCCCCACCGUGUGCCAGUACUGCAAGAGACUGCUCCGGGGCCUCUUCAGACAAGGGCUGCAAUGCAAAGACUGCAAGUUCAACUGCCACAAGCGCUGUGCGUACAAGGUUCCCAAUGACUGCCUGGGGGAGACCAUAGGAGACAUGUUGAGUCCCAGUGUGGACCACGAGGUGCCUAUGGACUACAGUAGUGAGUAUGCCGACUCAGACAAGUCUUCUCUGAUGGACGAUUCAGACGAGGCCUGCAGCAUCCCUGGUUCUUUCUCCCCUGAGAGCAGCCAGGAUGGGGUCAGCGGGGACCAGAGCGCUAACAUCCCGUUGAUGAGGGUGGUUCAGUCUAUGAGGCAGACCACCCGUCGCUCCAGCACGUCCAUCAAAGAGGGCUGGGUGGUGCACUACAGCAACAAGGACACACUGAGAAAGCGGCACUACUGGCGUCUGGACUGCAAGUGCAUCAUCUUGUUCCAGAACAACACCACCAACAAGUACUAUAAGGAGAUCCCUCUGUCUGAGAUUCUGGAGGUGCGCCCCGCAGGUGACUACACCCUGGUUCCUCCGGGCACCAGCCCCCACUGCUUCGAGCUUGUCAUGAGCACCAUGCGCUACUUUGUAGGAGAGGACCCCAACAUCCAUGUCCCCACCCUGCCCCCCACCACCCUCCAGGCCUCCCCCCCCACACCCCCCUCCCCCAGCAACGUGGUGCCCAAUAGCGGCGUGGGGCGGGAGGUUGCCAAGGCGUGGGAGGGCGCCAUUCGCCAGGCCCUCAUGCCAGUCAUCUUCCAGGAUGCACCGCCGGUAGAGGGACACACUCCUCACAGACAGGCUUCAGUCAGCAUCUCAGUGUCCAACAGUGUGAUCCAGGAGAAUGUGGACAUUGGUAUGGUGUACCAGAUAUUUGCAGAUGAAAUCCUCGGUUCUGGCCAGUUUGGAGUGGUGUAUGGGGGGAAGCACAGGAAGACGGGGCGCGACGUGGCGGUGAAGGUGAUUGACAAGCUGCGCUUCCCCACCAAGCAGGAGAGCCAGUUGAGGAACGAGGUGGCCAUACUGCAGAGUCUACGUCACCUGGGCAUAGUGAACCUGGAGUGUAUGUUUGAUACUCCAGAGAAGGUGUUUGUGGUGAUGGAGAAGCUCCAUGGAGACAUGUUGGAGAUGAUCCUGUCCAGUGAGAAAGGCAGGCUCCCAGAGAGGCUCACCAAGUUCCUCAUCACACAGAUUCUGGCGGCUCUGAGGAACCUGCACUUUAAGAACAUUGUCCAUUGUGAUCUGAAGCCUGAGAAUGUCCUGCUGGCCUCUGCCGAGCCCUUCCCCCAGGUGAAGCUGUGUGACUUUGGCUUUGCCCGUAUCAUUGGUGAGAAGUCGUUCAGGCGUUCGGUGGUGGGCACCCCAGCCUACCUGGCCCCAGAGGUGCUCCUCAACCAGGGCUAUAACCGCUCCCUGGACAUGUGGUCUGUAGGAGUCAUCAUGUACGUCAGCCUCAGUGGAACGUUCCCCUUCAACGAGGACGAGGACAUCAACGACCAGAUCCACAACGCUGCCUUCAUGUACCCACCCAACCCCUGGAAACAGAUCUCACCUGAUGCCACUGACCUGAUCAACAACCUGCUCCAGGUGAAGAUGAGGAAACGCUACAGCGUGGACAAGAGCCUCAGUCACUCCUAUCUACAGGACUACCAGACGUGGUUGGAUCUGAGGGAGCUGGAGACCAAGCUGGGUGAGCGCUACAUCACCCAUGAGAGCGACGACUGCCGCUGGCAGAUGUUUGCCCGCGAACACACGCUCCCCUACCCGGCCCACCUGGUGCCCCCUCUGCCUGCGCCCGGCUCCGACGAUGAGGCCGGGGAGGAUGCAGACAUGCAGGGGCUCACCGAGAGGGUCAGCAUACUCUGAGAACCUGGAGAACCAGCAGAACCAGGACCCACGAGGGCCCAAGGGACUCAAGACUGACCCAGGGAAGAGGAGGGGAGUGUGGGGAGCGAGUGGAGAGACAGAGGGGCUGGCUGGAUGGAUGGAUGGAGGUCUGGAGAGUGGGGAGGGUGAGGCUGGGAGGUUUAGCUGUAGAACGGCGCCUUCUAUAGACAUGAUCCCGCCCCUGUCCGUCUACUAAUGGUGUCCCACUCCGGCCCUAGCCUGUCCAAUCUCCAGACCCCAUCCUUGACCACUCUCUCAUCAGUCAAGCUCAGCUCUUCAACCCUAGAAAUCUUUGAGUUUAACAGACUGCUCUUCUGUAUCCCACAACGACAUACUGUAUCCAAUGGUCAGGGGAUGUGUAGAAUAUCAUUGCUGCAGUGUGCUCAUUCAGUCUAAGCUGCAGUAUGGCAAAGGUCAGUUUGGGUGCGAGCGAGAGAGAGAGAUGGGGAUGGAGAGGGAGAGAGACAGACAAAAAACAUUAAAGACUCGAUCGAUCCACUUAUGCAUAACUUACACCCACCCAUAAACAAAUCCUUAUGAACCGUUCCUUUUUAUUUUCAUUGAAUGUGAUGAGUGGAAUCGCCCUGCAUGUGCUGUCAGAUCUGUUUGCUGCAGACCAGUCAUUUAGUGCCUGUGAGUGGUAGAUUAAGGGCUUAUAACUGUAGGCAGCAGACCAGUGCUUGUGGGUUGUCAUGGUCUCAGAGGAAAUCUGCAGUUCAAAUGACAGCAAAGUAAACAAAGCCAGAAAUGGAUGUAGCAAUCGAAGAUUGCCCCUUUAAAACUGUCAUCUGAUACAAUGGCUUGCGAAAGUAUUCACACCCCUUGGCAUUUUUCCUAUUUUGUUGCCUUACAACCUGGAAUUAAAACAUUUUUUUUUUUUGUUGUAUCAUUUGAUUUACACAACAUGCCUACCACUUUGAAGAUGCAAAAUAUUUUUUUUAUUGUGAAACAAGAAAUAAGACAAAGAAACUGAACUUGAGCAUGGAUAACUAUUCACCCCACCCAAAGUCAAUACUUUGUAGAGCGACCUUUUGCAGCAAUUACAGCUGCAAGUCUCUUGGAGUAUGUCUCUAUAAGCUUGGCAUAUCUAGCCGCUGGGAUUUUUGCCCAUUCUUCAAGGCAAAACUGCUCCAGCUCCUUCAAGUUGGAUGGGUUCCGCUGGUGUACAGCAAUCUUUAAGUUAUACCACAGAUUCUCAAUUGGAUUGAGGUCUGGGCUUUGACUAGGCCAUUC